AUGGACGGGUUCAGCACCAACACGAUGAUGACUGAUCGGGACGACUACCGCGUGCACAGCUACACCGGUGACGUGAUCAAGGUCCGCCUGCCGCUGGUGCCGGCUGGCUCGGGCACCCUGGGCUUGGGGAGCUACGAGUUCCCCUUUGCCGUGGCGCUGCCUCAGGAGCUGCCGGGGUCGGCGGCAUACGAGAGCGGCGCGGACGCGCGCUGCUUCAUCGAGUACAAGGUCAAAGCGGUGGUUGACCAGAAGCUCCCCGGCCUUGAAUCACCCAGGGCCAACACAUGCGCUCCGCUGGCCCCUCCCUCCAGCAACUGCCCCGCCCUGUGA